AUGUACUUCAAGAAGUUUCGAAAGGUCGGAUUUGGCCCACAUGAUGGGUUCUCAAUGGUCGAGGGGCGAUUCCGUUUUUCCGGUGCCACAGCAAGACAAAGCAUCAACCAGAUGUCUUGUGUAGACUUAUGGUUGUUUCUGCGAAAGAACAGCAUCUACAAUUUGGAGCCUAUUGGACCGGCCUGGUUUGGACUCGCUCUUGGUAUCAUGUCAGACGUGGAGAAGAUGAUGGAAACAAUGGAGAUAAAAGAGAACCGUCAAAUUGAUACCUGGUACAUGUACAUGACACAAGCGACUUCUAGUCAUGAGAGAAUGAAGAGUCUUCCAGCAGCGUGGAAUGCCGCGAAACUUCUCCAAGGACUUUCUGAGAACAUCAAGACAUCAGCGUUGCAACCUGGAAGAAGGUGA